AUGGCUUCUUCUGGUCUUACUCUCACCACUCCCCCUGUCUUCAAUGGGAACAACUACCAGAUGUGGGUUGUAAAAAUGAAGACAUUUAUGAUGGGAUGUGACAUUUGGGAGCCUGUUACAGGAAGAAUAGUAAAUCCACUCCCUAGAUAUGCAUCACUCAAUCAACAAGCAAGGCAUGCUGAAGAGGUUGCAAAGACUCACAGAGCACUUGCCUGUAUUUUUGUUGCUGUAACAGAAGAGGUCUUCUCAAGGAUUAUGACCUGCACCACUGCAAAGCAAGCUUGGGACAAACUUCAAAAGUAG